UUUAUUUUCAUAAAGCUUUCUCCAAAUCUGUCAAAGCGUGAUCAUCGAUUUCAUCGCCCACUUCCUGUUCUCAGUUCUUCGUUUCUGGGUUUUGUUUCUCGCGAUGAUCGGGGCCAAUGCCGGAAUUGGAUUGACAAGUUUACAAAAGGUCUACAGCAUCAUUUGACUCGUACGAGGAAUGAUGAAUUCGAAUCAGUAAUAUAAUCUCAGAUGGAUUCUCCGUUGAACUGGAAGGAACUGCGGUUUCCCAGAUGCGUUUCCAUGUCUGUGUCUUGCAAAUGCCUUGUUCUGGUGGGCAUUGCCCUGUUCUACAGAGCUCUGUUGCUCACGUAUUCUUCUGAUAAUGGCUCGAACCACUGGUGGAACAAUGGCCAUUUGAUUCGAACCCAUUACAUGCCGUCGGAUUCCGAUGUCGGAAUCCAUGGAAACAAGUUUCUCGAGGUUCCACAGAUCGUGUGGGGAUUGAACAAUCAGAAGAUAGCAUUUGCCAGAGCUUGUUUGACUGCGAGAAUGCUCAACCGAACGCUCCUCAUGCCUAGCUUGUCGGCUUCCUUGUUCUACAAGGAAAUCGAUAAACUGCAACCGAUGUCCUUCGAUAAGGUGUUUCAGUUCGAGCGGUUCAAUUCCCUCUGCAGAGGGUUCGUCCAGCUUGGUCGGUUCUCCGAUGUGAGAAACCGAACUAAUGUGUUUGAUUUGCAGAAAGGCAGCGGAAGGAGAUGGACUGAGGAAAGAGAUUUGGAACAGUUGAGGGAAGCGAGGGAGAAACCUAUCGAUGGUUUCGAAGUGAUCCGCAUCGUGGGAAAGAACCCGUUCUUGUGGCACGAUCACUGGGAGGUUAAGGAUUACGCUAAGGUGUUUGAAUGUAUGGAAGUGGUAGACGAAAUCCGGAGAGAAGCCGAGAGAGUGGUGGGGAAGAUCAGGCAGGCAGGGGAAGAGGCAAUGACAAAACUCAAACUCGGACCCGGGUUUGUCCCGAGAAGAUCCGAUAAUCCGUCGUCAUUUCCUUACACAGCGGUCCACAUGAGGAUAGAGAUAGAUUGGAUGAUUCACUGUAAGAAAUUAGAACAGAGAAGGAACAUUUCGGAGAUCUGUAGCAGCAAAGAACAGAUCAUAGAGAGGGUCGGGAACGUCGUGGGUUCGAACACCGACACUCCCUCGGUUGUUUACCUCGCAGUAGCGGACAAUCUUCUCCAAGAUUCGACGUUUCUAACGGGAUGGAGAGACGGGAUAAUCCCGUAUGAGAAGAAGAGGCUUGGAGUUGAUGCGAUCUACAAGAAGUUUCCGUACCUGAUCCAAUCCGCCAUUGAUUACGAGGUUUGUUCGAGAGCAGAUGUAUUCGUCGGUAACAGCUUCUCGACGUUUUCUAGCCUUGUUACACUCGAGAGGACGCAGAAGGCAGUACAGUCGGGAGUCACGAGCUCUUGUGAAGGCAAUGGCGAUGGCCAUCAUGAUGAUGAUGAUGUUCCAUGGCCAUCAUACGCGUAUAAUCUUGCGGGUAAAUCGAGCAGGUUUCCUCGGAGAUGGAUGACGAACAUGUCGGAUUCGAGCUUGGAAGCUGUUAGUUAUGGUUCUAACGCUGUUUCGUGUUCAAGUGUAUAGAUUCUUUCCCCCACUUUUGGAUAAGUAGGAUUAUUUGCAAUAAUCAAACGGUCCAAUACUAAAUCAAAUUAUAUAUUUGUAUUAUAAGUUAUUUUAGUUAUGAAAACUUUGUGAGAUGUUAAGGACUGAUGAAA